AUGCGGAGGGGUAGAGCCGCCGGCAGAGCCGCCUUCGCCGCAUCGCCGCGCCGUCCCCGGGGGGCGGCCGCCGCCUGGCCCCAGCGGCCGCUGGCGGGCCCGCGCGGCUGAGGCGGGCGGAGGCGGACCCGCCGAGGAUGAGUGCGGGCUGCGGGCGGGACCCCCCUCGGAAGAGAGCCCGGCCGAGCACCCCCAGCCCCGGUGGCAGCUCCCAGGGAGAGUGGCUGCUGUCGCUCGGUCCCCUCCAGGAGGGGCCCGGGGGCAGCAGCUCCAGCGGCGGCAGCCCCGCCACCGCCGUGGGGAACAAAGUUUGUAAGCAACGGACAAUUACCGCUUGGUUGGAGAAUAAAGGACCCAAGACAACUGAGUCCAAAAGCUUACACAGCAAAAUUAAUAACAAUACUGAAGCAAAUCCCAAGAUGACCUCCAUUAAAAAAGAGAACUUUUGUGAGCAUGAUGUGGCAAAGCUAGAGAAUGUUUGUCAGCAGAAUUAUUCAAAAAUAUCUAUGGAAGUUGGUGCAAAGCAUGUGAACUUGCCUCAGACAGGGAGCAUGUGUAACUGGGAGGCUGAGGACAAAGAUCCAGUCUUAGACACAGAGCCUGUGAAGGGGAUGCAGUCUGGAGACCUCUUUAAAAACGCCAACAUCGAUCAGAUGCACAAAACUGGCAAGCUGGCACAGAGAGGCUGUGACGAAAGCAGUGACAAUUGGACUCAGAGGAAAUUAUCAUCAGGCCGCUCCUUGAAAAUGGGAAAUACAAAAAUUUCUUCAAAAGACACUGAGACAGACAGACAAGUGGCUUCAUGCAACUCACAGAAGCUGAAGAGUUGCAAUUCUGUCUGUUUAAUGGGUGAACAAGAAGAAGGGGAUGUAGUUCCAGAAAGUCCACUUUCAGAUGCUGGUUGUGAUGCUUGUGUAUCUGAUAUUGGAGGUCCUGGGAAACUGAGCAAAUAUCAGAGCAGUUCAGGGGAUUCACCUGCUUUUGAGAAAGAAAGUGAACCGGAGUCGCCAAUGGAUGUAGAUAACUCUAAAAAUAGCUGUCAUGGGUCAGAGGCUGAUGAAGAAACGAGUCCAUUUCUUGAUGAGCGAGAGGAGAUUAAUAUGUCAAAAUCCAUAAACAAAUCUUUUAGGAUUCAAUAUGGGGAUGCUGAACUGGAGUCAAGAAAGUCAUGUUUUUCUGCCAAGGGCUGUGAAAGCUUUGAGGAAACAGAUAAUUCUGUUAAAGAGGAUGGUCUGCAUACAAAGCCACCUGGGAUCUCUCCUGCUCCAUCAUCAGAAUGCAAAGGCGCAAAACAGGGUGUGAAGAGAGACUCCAAAAUCACCUCUCACUUCAUGAGGAUACCUAAAGUUGAGGAGAAAAGCAGGAAAGAAAAGUGUGAAUUCAAACCCCAAAGGCCAGGAAGAAAGAUUCCUAAAUAUAUGCCACCUCCUCUUCCAACUAAUAAGAAAUGGUUUGGGACACCGAUUGAAGAGAUGAGAAGAAUGCCUAUGUGUGGGGCCCGUCUUCCUCAUCUGCGACCCUCAGCCAAUCAUACAGUAACCGUCAGAGUAGAUCUUCUGAGGGAAGGAGAGGUGCCUAAACCUUUUCCAACUCACUACAAAGAUUUAUGGGACAACAAACAUGUUAAAAUGCCCUGCUCAGAACAAAAUUUGUACCCUAUGGAGGAUGAGAACGGAGAUAGAACUGCUGGAAGUCGAUGGGAACUAAUCCAAACUGCCUUACUUAACAAAUUUACUUGCUCACAUGAUUUGAAGGAGGCCAUACUGAGGUACAACGUUGCUUAUUCCAAGAAAUGGGACUUCACAGCUCUUACCGACUUCUGUGAGAAGGUUCUUGAAGAUGCGGAGGCUCAACAUUUGUUCCAGUCCAUUCUUCCUGAUAUGGUCAAACUGGCACUCUGUCUACCUAGUAUCUGCACCCAGCCAAUACCUCUACUGAAACAAAAGAUGAAUCACUCCAUCACAAUGUCACAGGAACAGAUUGCUAGUUUUCUGGCCAAUGCUUUCUUCUGUACUUUUCCACGUCGCAAUGCAAAGAUGAAGUCUGAGUAUUCUAGUUAUCCAGACAUUAACUUCAACAGAUUGUUUGAAGGACGGUCACCACGGAAGCCUGAGAAACUUAAGACCCUUUUCUGCUAUUUUAGGAGAGUCACAGAAAAAAGACCUACAGGAUUGGUGACGUUUACAAGACAGUGUCUCCAGGAGUUUCCAGACUGGGAAAGAUCUCAGAAAAAACUGUCUAGAUUGCAUGUCACCUAUGAAGGCACCAUCGAAAGCAAUGGACAAGGUAUGCUACAGGUUGACUUUGCAAACCGUUUUGUUGGAGGUGGUGUGACCGGGGCAGGACUAGUACAAGAAGAAAUUCGUUUUUUAAUCAACCCAGAACUGAUUGUAUCUAGGCUCAUCACUGAAGUCUUGGAUCACAAUGAAUGUCUUAUCAUCACAGGUACUGAGCAGUACAGUGAGUAUACAGGCUAUGCAGAAACUUACCGGUGGGCAAGAAGCCAUGAAGAUAAGACCCCAAGGGAUGAAUGGCAGCGACGCUACACUGAAAUUGUUGCUAUAGAUGCAUUUCACUUCAGACGUUUCCUUGAUCAGUUUGGUCCGGAGAAAAUUAGAAGAGAGCUCAACAAGGCCUACUGUGGCUUCUCUCGACCCAAUGUUCCACCUCAACAUCUCUCUGCAAUAGCCACAGGAAACUGGGGAUGUGGUGCCUUUGGAGGGGACUCCAGAUUAAAAGCCUUAAUACAGAUAUUGGCAGCUGCUGAGGCUGGACGUGAUGUUGUUUAUUUUACCUUUGGAGAUGUCGAGCUGAUGCAGGAUAUUUACAGCAUGCACACUUUUCUCUGUGAGAAGGGCCAAACUAUUGGGGACAUUUACAGGCUGUUACUGAGAUAUUACAAUGAAGAAUGCAGAAGCUGUUCUACUUCAGGACCAGAUAUCAAGCUGUACUCUUUCAUAUACAACGCCGUUGAGUCCUAUGCAGAUUCUGAUGAUGAUGAAGAAAAAGGGUUGUGCUUUGAGGAUUAAAAUAAAUGUAUUUGAUCAGAAUAUUAUUCCUUUCCUCCCACUGGUAUAUUGUGUGAAUUGCUGGGUAUAAUGUAUGAAUUGGCUUAACUUAAUAUAUAUUGACAGCAUUGGUAGUCAUGUGUAACACCCAGACCAAAAAAAAAACCAAACCAAAAAAACAUCACCUUUGUGAGAUGAGAUUUUUUGUUUGGUGGUUUCAUACAUGAAAACCCUGUUCAUGUGUGUACAGAAAAGAUUUCUUUGGUAAAUCUGGCUUGCAUUAUACCUUGUUAAGCAGGAUAUUCCGGUAUACAUUUGUAUUUCAGUCGAGAGACUGCUGAAAGACUUCAGAAGAUAUCUCUGUACUCCUUUGCCUUUAUUUUUCAGAGAUCUUACCUAGAUUUCUCAUGUAAGCUUAGUGCUGGAGUACAGGCAGCCAUGUAACUCCUGGGAUGAGUUUAGAGAGAAGCAUUGUCAUGAUCAUUCUUACUGAAAAUUGUAAUAAUUUUAUUACCUCUGUAAGACUGCCACAGUACCUUCAUUGUUCUUAUCAACUUUUUCAUUCAUUUAACUUAAAAUGUCCUGGUUUUAAUCUUUUGUUUUUUAAUAAAUGGUUAAAAAAUGAAAAA